AUGGCCGUAUCUAACCUUGGGCUGGUCGGAGAAUGCGAUAGAUUUCCCUAUCAUCAAGAUGACCCCGCAGCCUAUGCAACUCAUAUGAAAAAGUACCAUUCCUUCAGAGUCAAAGGCUGCGACUCGGUCCUGGGGUACAUCGUGAACGAAGUCGUGGAUCGAUUCGACUGGCCCACAGAAUCCUGGUCCAUCGAUCCCACAAACCGCACGGUCACAUUGACCGCUGGCCCUACUCCAGCAGAGCGAAACCUGGCUCUAGCCCAGCUGCUCGAAAACGCAGUCAAGAAGGACCUUUUUGCCGUGUUGCGUGGAUGGCGCAAUGAAUUGUAUCCUGUCUAUGGCCCAGACGGCGAAUUUCUGCUUGAGAUGGAACGCUGCGCGAGUCCGCUCUUUGGCAUCGUUUCGUACGGCAUCCAUGCUACUGCUUAUGUUGAGGACGAAUACGGGCUAAAGCUUUGGAUUCCACGCCGAUCAAAGACGAAGCAGACGUAUCCUAGUAUGCUGGAUAACACAGUCGCCGGUGGAAUGAGCACCGGAGAAAAGCCUUUUGAGUGUCUUGUCCGCGAGGCUAUGGAGGAGGCGUCCCUUCCUGAGGACGUCGUCAGGGCCAAUUCUACCGCGGCUGGCUGUGUGUCAUAUACUUAUAUGCGGGAUAGCCGCGCCGGUGGCGAGACGGAUCUCGUGCAGCCGGAGGUGGAGUACGUCUUUGAUAUCAAGCUGCCUGCGACUGUUGUUCCCAAGCCAAACGACACUGAGGUUGAGGAGUUCUGUCUGCUCACGGUUGACGAGACGAAGAAGGCAUUGGCUAACAGAGAGUUCAAACCGAACUGUGCUGUUGUAUUGAUUGAUUUCUUCCUUCGCCAUGGUAUCUUGACGUCCGAGAACGAGAAGGAUUUUCUACAAAUCAUCACGAGAAUCCAUCGUCGGUUGGAGUUCCCGACGGUGUCAUAUGCGAAAUAG